ACUGGUGUAGAAAAGAUGGCGGCCACCUGUCAAAUUGAUGUGUUAGAGAAGAGAAUUGAAAGUCUAGAGCUCGUUUUCGGUAACGCUGAUAAAGAUGCGUUAUACCCAAAGGAUUCCAGCCUAGGUCCACAGUGUAUAGACAAUUUGUCGAACAUCCAGAGCAAGGUGAAAGCAGCUACUGCGGGCAGGAAGAAGAUACCUAAAGCAUAUGAAAGACUGCCUGACCUCCAGAACUACCUUGACCCUUCUUAUACCGAGGAACUGACCACUUCCAAUGACACCAAGGCUGAAAUCAUUCUUGCAGAGGAGGACUUCCUUCAUCAGCAGGCGGCUCGACUGGAGAAGAUGCAGAACUUGGAGGAGCUGUUUGACAGUGAACACAUAAAGGCUGCACCAAAACUGGCAGGAAAACUGCAUGAACUCAGUCAAAUCCAGAUCAAACAACAGGACCAAGCCUCCCAGUUUAAUGAUGAAGCCAGAGCCUGUUUAGAAGCCUACAACUCUAUAGUAACAUUGUUAUCAAAGCAGUUUGUCCAGUGGGAUGAAGUCCUGACUAAAGCAGAGAUAGCUGCUCAGCCAAGGAAGGCCAUGGACUGAUGACAACUCAAGCAGCAACACCCUGGCUUCCUGUGCAAUCUGAAUAGUCUCCUAAUUUAUUUCUAGCCAUAUUGUCUUGCAGAACAAUAUCACUUCUUAUGGGAUAAGGGAUUCAGGUGAAUAUUUUCUAAAUGUUUUGCGUGGUUUGUGAAAUUCGUGAUCGUAAAUCAGAUAAGUUCCUGAAAUGUAUUAGUACAUGUAUGUGGAGGAAGUAUUGUUUUGUUAUUCUUGACUUCUCGUAGAUCCUGUGUACAUUCACCAUAGUUUCACCUGAAAUUGUUAAUUGUUUGCUCUCAUCUCUUGUAUAUAUUGCUAUGCAUAUAAAUCAUUAAAUAUAUUGUCAUGCUGA